CAGGAAGGUGUGUGUGUGAGAGAGUAGCUGAACACCACACAUCAAGACGGUGAAACAAAGAGACGCCGAGCAACUUCUCUCAGCCGCUCACUGUUUCUGACAGUUUUGUUGCCUGUAGACGUAGAUGUAGCCGCAGAGUGUGUGAAUGUGUGUGUGUGUGAGAGAGAGAGAGAGAGUGUGUGACAUGCCUGAGGAAGAAUAUUAGCAACAUAAAUAUCGAAUGGAUUUCCAACACAGGGCGGCUCUGGAUAUCUCCACCAGGAACCCUCAGGAUGAUUUUGAGAUCCUGCUGAGAGUCGGAGGAGGAACCUACGGAGAAGUUUACAAGGCGCGUAACAAGCAGAAUGGAGAGCUGGCAGCCAUCAAAGUCAUCAAGAUGGAACCAGAGGAUGAUUUUUCUAUCAUCCAGCAGGAAAUUGUCAUAGUGAAAAGUUGCAAACAUCCCAACAUAGUGGCAUAUUAUGGCAGCUACAUACGAGCUAAUAAACUGUGGAUCUGUAUGGAGUUCUGUGGAGGAGGCUCCCUCCAGGAUGUCUACCAUGUGACUGGUCCUCUGUCUGAGCCGCAGAUCGCCUACAUCUGCAGGGAGAUGCUACAGGGCCUGGACUACCUGCAUGCACAGAAGAAGAUUCACAGAGACAUCAAGGGUGCCAACAUCCUCCUCAAUGAUCAGGGCGAGGUCAAGCUGGCUGACUUUGGGAUCUCCGCUCAGAUCACAGCCACUCUGGCCCGGCGGAUGUCCUUCAUCGGAACGCCAUAUUGGAUGGCACCAGAGGUGGCAGCAGUGGAGAUUAAAGGCGGCUACAAUGAACUGUGUGACAUAUGGUCUGUGGGUAUCACAGCCAUAGAGCUGGCAGAGCUACAGCCGCCAUUGUUUGAUGUCCACCCACUGCGGGUCCUGUUUCUCAUGUCCAAGAGCGGCUACCAGCCUCCUAAACUGAAGGACAAGUCUAAAUGGUCAUCCAUGUUUUAUAACUUUGUAAAAGCCAUGUUGGUGAGGAACCCGAAGAAGAGACCCAGCGCCUCCAAGAUGCUCUCACACUUGUUUUUGACCCAGCAAUGCCUGAACCAGGAACUGAUCCUGGACCUGCUAGAGAAAUGUCGACACCCUGAGAAACUGAAAACCUGCCUGGUGACAGAGGACGAAGAGAUGGAGGUGAUGGUGCCUGGAUCUUUAAAGAGGAUCCAGUCUAUCAACAAACACAACCGGGCAGAGAGGACAAACUCUGACAUAAGCUUGGAACAAAUCUACACACAGAGGCCUGUGAAGAAAGAUUCACCAGACACAACGUUAAGGCCUUCACCAGGAUCAACCGGCAGUAGCAAGAGUCCGAUGAGGGAUCCAGACACAGACUCAGACGAUGACUACGAUGAUGUGGAUAUCCCUACGAUGCAAGCCACAAGUCUCACGAUGCCAGCUGAUGAAAUCCCACCUCCUCUUCCUCCAAAGCCUAAAGCGAGGACCAGCUCAGAGGAAAGCAUUGCGGGGGAAGAUGACCGAGCGAGGAAACCCUGCUCUCUUUAUGCCCCCAACACUCUCAUGAGGACCUCCAGUGGGACGCAUGUCCGACCUACGCCCAAACCCCGAUCUUCACGACACUCAGACCCCGCAUCCUUCUCUCCCCGGUUGAAUGACAACCCGGCAGACCUCCUUCCUCCUGAGCUCCCCCCUAAAGGCAUACGAAGACGGCAACCCCCAUCAAAGGACCCCGUUGAGUGUGCCAGCCCCGUCAUGAAGAAACCUCCUGUCUACUUUAAAAAGGUCUUCCAUGGCUGCCCUCUUAAAAUAAACUGCUCCACAUUCUGGGAAAACCCGGCUACCAGAGAUCAGCAUCUGAUCCUGGGGGCAGAGGAAGGAAUCUACACCCUGAACCUCCACGGCUCUGAGGCCACGCUGGAGCUGUUGUAUCCCGGGAAGUGUACCUGGGUCUACACCAUUAAUAACGUCCUCAUGUCUGUAUCAGGUAAAUCAUCGUAUCUUCACUCCCAUUUACUGAAGGAGUUGUAUGAACAGGCUCGGAAAGACCAGAGGAUGGUUGCCUUGCCGACUCACAGACUCUUACCAAGGAAAUGUGCAGUGACAUGUAAAAUACCUGAUACCAAAGGCUGCAAGACCUGCUCAGUUGCAAGUAACAUGCAGCGAGGCUCUGUGUUCCUGUGCUGCGCUCUGGAGUCCAGUGUAGUGCUGCUGCAGUGGUACGAACCCAUGCACAAGUUCAUGCUCAUUAAGAAUUUUGAAUUCCCCCUGCCCAACCCUGUGCGGGUGUUUGAGAUGGUGAUGAUGCCCCAGCAGGAGUACCCGCUGGUGUGUAUCGGCGUCUCUCGGGGGUCCAGCCCCAAUCUGCCAGUCAUUGUAGAAUACAUCAACCUCAACUCCAACACAUCCUGGUUCACCAACUCUGGCCUGGAGAAACCUUGCCCAGAUGUAGUUCAAGUAAGGCAGUUGGACAGUAGCUCACUGCUCAUCCUCAUAGAAAAAUCGGUACAUAUAGUUGGUCUGGAGGGGGAGCUGAAGAGCAACAGGCAUCCGCCACAUGAGACCACCUUCUCUCAUAAUGUUGAGUCUAUAGUGUAUUUGGAGGACACAUUGCUGGCAGUGUGGCGUCACGGCUGGCAGAGGAGAAGACAAGGUUUCACUGAGGUGCUGGAGGAAAACACUGACCCCAGGAAGAUCUACAGACUGGUGCAAAAAGACAGGAUGGUCGUCUUGGAGACGCGUCAGACCGAGGACCAGACGGGGUUGUCCAACCUGUAUGUCCUGGAUAUUGCUGAGAACUACGUCAUGCUGCCCUGACUCUCCUGUCUGCUGGCACAGGACACUGUGGGAAAAUCCCAACUCGUCUUCUAUAUUAAUGCCUCUACCCAGGACUUCAUCAGUCAUCAUUAACUUUGACAGACAUGGAUGCGCUGCCACAGUAUUUUAUUUUCUAAUGGGAAGAGAGGAGAAAUGUCAGAAGGAAAUGACGAGAGGAUGUUGCAAAUUCAUACUGACCCAAAAGGAUUGUUGUGUUGUAGCCUUUAUCCCUCAAUCUGGGGGAGUCUGCUCUUAUUUAUGCUAAUUUCAACUUGGUUUGUGAAAUCCAGAACAAUCUACAUAAUUCAGACAGCUGAGAAAACCCUAAAUUAAUAGUAAAGGAAGGUCCUCAUCUGACACCAAAGAGGAUUAUCAACUUUCAUCUGCCUUCAGUAUUGUCAAUCACCUCAGCAGCCACCUGCAGGGGACUGAAACAUAUGGCUUCCCGAAGAUGCCACAUGCAAGCAGGAAGGACUGGAGCUUAGCAGCACUGCUGUUGCUCAUGAUGUGUGUUUUGUAACCUCCGUUUGUAUAUCAGUGUUGGAUCAAAGAUACACACUUAUCACUCCAUUACACUGUAAUAAAGUUAAUUAACACAA